AUGGUCCGUCUCUCGCUCCUUACGGUCGCGCUCUCUGCCACCCUGGCACUCGCCUCUCCCCUGCCCCAGACCGAUUACGGCGGAGUGACCAAGACGCCGGAGCUCGAAGGCCUCAAUGCACUCCUUGCAGGACUCCAGGGCAGCCUGGAGAAGCUGACGCAGGCCCUGCACGGCCGCCAGCGCCGCGAUGCGCCCGAACUCAACCUCGAGGACACGAUUCUGAGCAGCGUCCCCGAGCUCGUGCCCCUCAUCACGGACCUGGGCAUCCCCGCCGGCAACCACUGA